AUGGUUUGGAUUUGGGCAACAGUUGGGUUGCUUGUACUUGUUCAUAUCCUCCAAGCAUGUUGGAAGAACAAGAAGAGGUUACCUCCUGGUCCAAGAGGUUUUCCUGUUUUUGGAAGCCUCCACUUGCUAGGAGACCUCCCUCACCGGGAUCUUCAUCGACUAGCCCGAAAAUACGGCGACAUCAUGCAUAUGCGGUUAGGUCUUGUUCCCACCAUUCUGGUUUCUUCCCCGCAGGCUGCCGAGCUGUUCCUCAAAACACACGACCUUGUUUUUGCAACUAGGCCACCUCAUGAAGGUGCAAAGCAUCUCUCUUUUGGGCAAAGGAACUUAAGCUUUGUUGAGUAUGGCUCCUAUUGGCGCGACAUCAGAAAGAUGUGCACCCUUGAGUUACUUAGCAACCACAAAAUCAAUUCCUUCAAGUCUAUGCGGAAAGAAGAGGUCGCUCUGUUUAUUGAGUCUAUCCAAGAGGCUGCCAAUAAUGGACAUGUUGCUAUUGAUCUAAGUGACAGAGUCUCAUCUCUCAGCGUGGAUAUGAGCUGCCGGAUGGUGUUGGGGAAGAAGUACAGGGAUGAGGAGCUUGAUGAGAGGGGUUUCAAGUCUCUGAUCAAAGAGGGUAUGCAAUUAGCAGCUGCCCCUAACUUGGGUGAUUAUAUCCCUUGUAUUGCUCCACUUGACCUCCAAGGGUUCACAAAGCGCAUGAAGGCAGUUAACAAGGCGUUUGAUAACUUUUUUGAGAAGAUCAUUGAUGAGCAUCUUCAAUCUAAGGAUGAAUACCGAACCAAGGACUUUGUUGAUGUCAUGGUGGGCAUCAUGGGGUCUGCAGAAUCUCAAUACCGUAUCGAACGCUCCAAUAUCAAAGCCAUAAUAUUGGACAUGCUCGUGGCUUCGAUGGACACAUCAUCAACAACGAUAGAGUGGGUGCUCUCGGAACUCAUGAGGCAUCCACAUGUAAUGAAGAAAGUCCGAAAAGAGCUAGAAGAUGUAGUGGGCUUGGAGAGAAUGGUUGAGGAAUCAGAUUUGGAGAAAUUGGAGUAUUUAGACAUUGUAGUGAAGGAAACCCUGAGGCUACAUCCAGUGGCACCAUUGUUGAUCCCUCAUGCAGCCAUUGAAGAUUGCACCAUCAAUGGCUUCCACAUACCGAAAGCCUCGCGCAUUAUCAUAAACGUAUGGGCAAUUGGGAGAGACCCAAGUGCUUGGACAGAUGCCGAAAAGUUCAUACCAGAAAGGUUUGUGGGUAGUAAUAUUGAUGUUAGGGGAAAUCACUUUGAGCUUAUUCCAUUUGGCUCUGGCAGAAGAAGGUGUCCGGGAAUUCAAUUAGGGCUUACCACGGUCCAAUUAAUGGUGGCACAACUUGUGCACUGUUUUGAUUGGGAGCUUCCAAAUAGCAUGUUGCCAAAUGAGUUGGAUAUGAGUGAGGAGUUUGGUCUUACGGUUCCAAGGGCCAAGCAUCUACUGGCUAUUCCUUUCUAUCGCCUUCACAAAUGA